UCUCGCCCAUUUUCUCGCCAUCCGUCCGUCCUCCCUCAUCCGCCCUUCCUUCCCCCCUUAGAGAGACUUCCCAAACAUUCUUUGCCCUCUUUUUUUCUUCCCCUUUCCCCUUGCCGCCCAUUCUCCUCAUAUUUAUUUAGAAGUGAAAUUGUGAGCGAAACACACACAAACAGUUCCGUCCUCGUUUUCACCUAAAAAAUUUUUUUUUAUUCUUCUUCUGGCGUCAUGUCUUCUUUACAGAUUUUUAUUUUUUUUUCUCCUCUAAAAAUUUUUUUUCUUUUCUAAAAAAUUUUUUUUCUUACCGCCAAAUAUCCCUUUCCAGAUUAAAUCUUUCAAAAUUCCAAAUAUUAAAUACUCUCCCUCCAGUUACUCAAGAAGAGAGAGAGAAAAUGACUCAUACAGUACCCCCCCCCCCCCAAGGUUUAUUCUUCUUUUUCUCCUUUGAAGAUAAAAAAGACGGUAGGUCUGUGGAGCUUUCACCUCUUCCAGGUUUGGAGCUUCCACCUUCUUUUCUAAUCAAUUGUCUUCUCAUUCUAAGUCGGAAUAUUUAGAGAUUCCCUCUCCUUUCUUUAAGUCAGACCCCCCCCCUCUCUCACCCACCACUUUCCAUAUCUCUUCCCCUCCAUUUCUAUCUCUUCCUCCUCCAUUUUUUCAAUUUUUUUGAUAAUCUUUAGUUAAGGAUUGGAGAUUAUAGACAGGACCGAGACUCUCGAACAAAAAAUCUUGAUUAUCGAGAUCGAGAUUUUUCGGGAUCUCGAUUCCCUUACACCCCUCCCAGUCCGGUCUCUGUUCGUCUCCCACCCACCUCUCUCCAUAUCUCUUCCCCCUCCAUUCUUCCAUUUUUUGAUAAUCUUUAGUUCAGGAUUAGAGAUUAUAGAUAGGACCGAAACAAAAUCUUGAACAAAAAGUCUCGGUUAUCGGGACCUCUUUCUCUUUAAAUCAGAACCCCCCUCCGCUCUUCGUCUCCCCCACCUCUCUCCAUAUCUCUUCCACCUCCAUUUCUUCAUUUUUUGAUAAUCUUUAGUUUUUUUUCAGAUCGAUCGAGAUUUCUCGGGAUAUCUCGGUUCCCUUACAACCCUCCCAGUCCGGUCUCUGUCAAAAAUUGCCUCGACUGUAUCUUCUCCAUAAUCCCUCAAGUCUCCAUUUCCAUUAAGUUACCUAUCUUUUCUUGCUUUGAUCUUUACACCUUUUUAUGGCCCCCUCAAUUUGUAGAAAAAAAAUAUUUUUCUUUUAAUGAACACUUGUGUUAUAAAGAAAGGAAUUCUUCUCUCAUUAUUCACCUUCUCAAUAAAAAAAUACAACGACAAAAACGGAAAUUAGAAAAAAAAAGUUUUGCAAAAGGGAAGAGCAUGAGAAGCCAAAAAAGGAAAAUUGAGAGAGUCGUCGGCUACAAAAAAAAUUUUUUUCAGCUGCGUUC